AUGCCAGAAACUAUAGCCACCUCCCUAAAGACGCCGCAACAACCUCCCAAACUUCCAGAGAACGUCAUGGACAUGUUCUCGCUCAAGGGGAAAGUCGCGUCUGUGUCUGGUGCAUCGUCUGGUAUUGGCUAUGAGGUCGCCAUCGCAUUUGCUCAAGCGGGUGCAGACGUCGCGAUGUGGUACAACUCGAACCCUGCCAUUACCGAGGAGGUAGAUGAGCUGUCGAAGAAGUACGGUGUGAAGAUAAGGGCGUACCAAUGCGCAGUUACAGACUCUAAGCAGGUAGCAGCAACAAUUGAUCAAAUUCUCAAGGACUUUGGUGGACAUAUCGACAUAAUGGUGGCCAACGCUGGUGUGGCAUGGACCGAGGGCCCAAUGCUAGAAUUUUCAGAGCGCGACGAGGAUGCGUGCGACAAGGCGUGGGAAAAGGUAGUUGAGGUCGACAUGAAUGGUAUCUAUCGCGUGGCCAAGCACAUCGGCAAAGUAUUCAAGAAACAAGGUCACGGGUCCAUGGUAAUUACCGCGUCCAUGUCCGCUCAUAUCGUCAAUGUUCCCCAGCUGCAAGCUGUUUACAACGCGGCUAAGGCUGGUGUACUACAUAUGUCCAAGUCGCUUGCCAUCGAAUGGGCUGGAUUCGCUCGUGUAAAUUCGGUGUCUCCAGGCUACGUUGCCACUGAGCUUUCCAACUUUGCUGAGAAGGAUCAGAAGGACAAAUGGCAUGCCUUGACUCCAAUGGGUCGUGAGGCCUUGCCCAGAGAAAUGGUGGGCGCAUACCUGUAUUUAGCAUCCGAUGCCUCUACAUACACUACUGGUAGUGAUAUCAUUGUUGAUGGAGGCUACUGUUGCAUGUAA